AUGUCGUCAAGGCCUUUCGACAAUUGCGCGGAUGCAUCAUCUUUCACGAGCUUCCCUCUAUUCGGUGAGCUUCCAGUCGAGAUCCGGCUGAAUAUCUGGCGACAUCUCAUUCCGGCACAACGCAUCAUUUCGCUCGUGAUCGAGUCGACAUGUCCUGACCAGACGGCCGACGGAACCGCGCCCUUGGCCAUAACCGGGGCCUACAAGUCUCGCAAUGAGCUUGGCAACGUGGUUAGUGGCGCACCGUACCGCAUCCGCGUUGAUCCAUACUCGCGAGAUAUUCUCAACCUCCUCCUCGGCGUCAACUACGAAGCGCGACGGGUCGUCCUAAGCCACUACCACGUUCAUAUCCCGACCAAGGGCCCCUUGUCUCCACGAGUUGCCAUCAGGCCCGAGACUGAUAUGGUUCACAUCACUCUGGCGUGUUGGAACCGCAAGAAAUCCAGCUUGGAGGCUGAUGGUGUGGGAACGGAGGUCAACUUGCUUCCCGACUUUCUUUCCGACGCCAGGGCUUACGAUACGAACGGGGAAGGCAUUUUGCAUAUUGCCUUUGGCAAGGAGCUAGGGUUCAGCUCUGUACAGCUGCCAAUGGAUCCUACUGGACUUUCCACUCAAGCCACCGAAGCCAUGCGCAAAUCCCUGCUGAGCUUCAUCUCAGUGACUGUCGUCGUCAUUUCGAACUACCAGUUUCGCCAAACGUUUAGCUCGUUGAACUCGUCCGAGGGGCGAUAUAAACGCUCCCUGCCACUGUGGGCCUCGACCGUGAACCUACAACGACCCCUGGCGUCCGACUCACGCGGUGGCGAAACGCAUGAGGAAGAACACCCGCUGGUCUACAAUCUUGGCAAUAUCUCAGUCGCGAACGAUCCCAUCGCCAUGUUUACAUUCUGGCGACAUAUGGAAAAGGCCUUUGGCGUGUCGCAGGCCGUCACCUCGAAGAAGCAGAUGGCUGUGGCUUCACGUCCCUGCCCCAUCAUAGCCACAGCGGCCGGAGUCGAUUUCCACCUGCGCUCCUGUGUUGAUAUGGAACGGUAUGUGGCCGCCGAGGAGGUCGAGUGGGAUCGGUUGUUUGCGCCCAAAGGCGAUGCUACGCAGUUUUCCGCUCGGUGGUCAGCCGAAAAACCAGACUUCACGGCGGCCAAGGCGCGGUCUUUAACGCGGGCGGCUGGUUUCUGGAUUGUGCCGGCUGCCACGCUGCAGUUGCCUCUCGCAGGUGGCUUAUUUCGCGUCCCGAUGGGUAGCAAUCAUGGGCGAGACCAGAGGGGUAAAGAGCCGUCGCUGGCGUUGUUUGAUAUGAGCUAG